AAACCAAACUUAAUGCUUAACUCUAAGUAGCGAUCAUAGUGUAAUUUUUUGCGAAUUGUUUCUGCUAGGGUUUGGUUAACAAUUGCAAAAAUUGAUGAAUUUGCUACUCUAGAGCCGAUUUCUACUGAUGAUAACAACCAAGAUCCAGAUCUAAAUAUGCAUGAGAAUCCUAUUCCAGAUAUUGUUGAGCAGCCUAAUCCUCUAGAUCCUGAACUAGAUGCAGAGCUACAUACAGAUCCUGAACUAGAGCCUGAGAGGGAGCCAGACAUAUUUGAUAAUGUGAGGAGUAUGUGGGUAUCCAUGAUGAGGGAAUGUAUAUGCCAGUACCCCCAACCAAUAGAUGAGCACACUAACAAUGCACAGGCUGUUAACACUUUUCCUCCAGAACCAUGUGGUAAUACUGAUGCAAAUAAUAUUGCUGCUACUGAAGGAGGUGUUCCUCUUGAGGCAGAAAUUAAUGAUGCAGAUCCACUGGAGGUUCGUGUUAUACAUGAUCCAGAAAACCCCAAAAUUGUGAUGGGAGAGAGGUGGCCUGAUAUUGUUUCAUUUAGGAAGGCAAUUAGGCAUUUCGCCGUGAAGAUAGGCUUUGAGUUUGCUGAUCUAGUUACUGACAAGACAAAAUUUAGAGCACGGUGUAAAGCAGAGGAAUGUCCUUGGCGCAUACAUGCUUCUAAGAUUUUUGAUGGCAAGACAAUAGAGAUCAAAACGCUACCAGCUGAACACAACUGUGCUACCACAAAACUCAGAGUAGGGAAGAUGGCCACCCAAGGAUGGUGUGCAGAUAAGUUGGCAGAUUGGCUGAAGAAGAAUCCAACAAAAGGUGCAAGUGACUGCAAGGAAAAAUUGGAGAAGAUGGUGAGACAGCUCCACCAAGAACCAAGGCUAACAAAAGAUAUGUUUCUGUGCACUAAAUCAAACUUGUUAUGAUUCAUUUCACAACAUAUAAAUUUUCCUUUCAAAUAUAGAAAACAAGCUGAAAUAGAUGAUGAAGUUGGUUCCUCCCAAGCCAAGAAACAGAAAGUUCAAAGAAAGAAGAAGACACCCCAAGAAGAAGGCCAAAAAGGCUGCAGCUAACCCACCUGCUACUGUUGUUAGUAGCAUUAGGAGGCUAGUCUUUGAAGAAUAGAGCUUCUCACUAGCUUAUGCUAUGCUUUUGUAUGAGAUUAAUAUGAGAACUUGUAUGCUAGACUCUUGUGAGGUUGCGAACUUGAUAUGUUGCAACCUAGUAUGGAUGGAAUUUUGUAUGGACCGAUCUUGAUAUUCUCAGUUAUGUUUCAUCAGACUUUAA